AUGGAAGGGUUCGACUUUCUUCUAGCAGAAUCUGAAACUCCCAUAAAUAGUUACCCAUCUACGCCGCAAUCUUUGUCUGAUUGUGAGACAUCAUCUACAUCGGAUUAUUCCGAGAUUUCGAUCCCCAUAAGUUCCUCGACCGAAGACGAAUACGAAAGAGAACUAAAUAUAUGCCGUAAAUGUCUUCAACAACUCACCGGCGAAUACUAUUGUCAUCCUUGCUAUUCUGCGCGUUUAAAGGACAAUUUCGCCAAUUGGACGAGCUGUCAUGAAGCCAUUGACGAGUUUAUCCGCGAAGCACAACUCAAUGCCACUCAUAGGGAUGAAUUAUUGGAAUGGAUUCCGCAUGAUCAAUUGGACGAAAUUAAAUAUUUGGCAAGAGGCGGAUUUGGAACUGUUUAUUCUGCUAUCUGGAAAGAUGGACCCAUCAAUUAUUGGGACGACAAACAAGAAAAAUGGUUGAGGAGGGAAAUGUAUAAAGUGGCAUUGAAAAAUAUCAGAUCUGAUACAUCGGAUUUCGUGAGAGAACUUAAAACGCAAUACUUAUGCAGCACGCGUACAUCUACCGAAUCUAGAGUCAUAUGGUUUCUCGGCAUCACUCAAGACCCGACGACGAAAUCCUAUCUUCUCGUAAUGCCGUAUGCCAAAUACGGCGACCUUCGUCACUUUCUCCGCAAAAAUUUUCCUACCUGUACAUGGACGCAACGCAUAACUAUGCUUUACUACAUCGCUCAGGGAUUGAAUGACAUUCAUUCGGCUGGAUUGAUCCACAGAGACUUUCACACUGGUAACAUACUUCAACUGUCUAACAGUUAUUCGUACAUAGGAGAUUUAGGGCUGUCCAUACGUGUUGACGGGGUUCAGGAAAAGCAACAGGUUUUUGGAGUAAUUCCAUAUAUAGCUCCAGAAGUUUUCCGUGGACAGGGAUACAGCAAAGCAUCAGAUGUAUACAGUUUUAGCAUGGUGAUGUGGGAGAUCGCAACUGGUCGUCCACCUUUUGCUCGAGUCGCUCACGACGAGUACUUGGUCUUUGCCAUCUGUGACGGAAAGAGACCCGAGAAACUGUGGAAAUGGCGUACCGCUAUUGAUAAAAAUCUUCCUCCCAUUGCGACCGAGAUUAGAAAUUCUGAAGAGUAUCGGCUAAGCAAUUUCGGAAAAAUGCAAAAUAAUGGACAACCCCUACAUUCUGAAGCGAUAUAUAGAAGUAGGCGUUUGGUGUUAUCGGAUAGUGAUGACGGCGAGACAAGAGCAUGUAUGAAAGUUGCCAUUGAACACCAUGAGGAUGAAUCCGAUCAAAGCACACCUCGCCUCCCAGUGGAUCAUCUGGACAGUUGUGUUAUUGGAUGGGAUGAGAAAAUUACCCCAACCAACGACCGAUAUAGGGAUAGUCCAGUACCGGAACUCAGUCCAACCAGUACCUUGUGCUAUUCAACGACAUCUUUACACACAGGAGUAUCUCCGUUGUUGGCUAGUGUGGAUCUUAAUAGUGAAGAUCCGAACAAGAAAGUCCAAAACGAGAUUGCGAUGCAUACGGGAUUAACAUCCAGAAUAUCAGGUUUGAAGUUUAUUCAUGAGAAAAGGAGAUCUGAAGUUCUUAAUUUCGAAGGCAAGUAUUUUAUGAGAAUGUUAUAUUGCCCGUUAGCGCUAAAAACUAUGAAUGAUAACUUGAGUAAUUAA